AAACCCGGAUUCUGAGCAUUUGUAGAAAAAUUGCUGGGAUUUGGAGAGGAAGACUGGACUCAGAAACCUCCCAGGGCCUUGAAAGUUCAUCUCCGACCUGAGACAAUCUGACAGAUGGAAAUAUUUUCAAAAGACAGAAAAUGUUAGGAAGGACUUUAUUCAAAUUGUCCAAGGUCUGAAUCGACAGCUAAGGAGUCACCUUGUCUGCUUGUUGCCAUAGCGGAUUACCACCUAGGAGUGUCUCUAUUCCUCAUGAAGCUUGAUGUCAUAGAUCAUGGAUGCUUUUUCCCUUCAUCAUUUUAUCUCCAAAGAUCCAGCCCAGUGCUUAGGGCAGAAUAAGUCCUCUGUAAACAUUUUCUGAAAGCAUGAAUAAAUGAAUAAAUGCAGCAUGUGUUGUGUGGUGGAUUACCUUUCCAGAAGGCAAAUGGAUCUGCUACUUGCUUCUGCUUGAACUGGCCAUUUUGCUGAGUGAUAGAGAAGAAAGAGACAGAGACAUAGAUAGGUUUUGUUUUUGGUUUUGGUUUUUUGAAGACCACCAUAACGAACGUACAUUCUCAAAUAGAAAAGUUUGGAUGGGAUCAAAAAUGAAUCUCAUCGAACACUCCCACUUACCUGCCACGGAUGAGUUUUCUCUUUCUGACAAUUUAUUUGUCUCAUUUUCAGUUGCUGUGAAUAAACUAAGAAUGGUAAUGCAGUUUCAGGAGUUAGAAAAUCCAGUUCAAAUAAGUCCUUGCCACGGCUGCGCACCAUCAGGAUUUGUCAUGGAAAUGAUGAGCGUGAAGCCUGCUAAAGGUGUACUAACAGAACAAGCAGCAGGUACUCUGGGACAGAAUCUUGAAGUGGAACCAUACUCACAAUACAACAAUGUUCAGUUUCCCCAAGUUCAACCACAGAUUUCCUCAUCAUCCUAUUAUUCCAACUUGGGUUUCUACCCCCAGCAGCCUGAAGAAUGGUACUCUCCUGGAAUAUAUGAACUCAGGCGAAUGCCAGCUGAAACCCUCUACCAGGGACAGACUGAGGUAACAGAGAUUCCUGUAACAAAGAAGGCCCGAAUGGGCGCGUCCGCAGGGAGAAUAAAAGGGGAUGAGCUGUGUGUUGUUUGUGGAGACAGAGCAUCUGGAUACCAUUAUAAUGCACUGACCUGUGAGGGAUGCAAAGGUUUCUUCCGGAGAAGCAUUACUAAAAAUGCUGUGUACAAGUGUAAAAAUGGGGGCAACUGUGUGAUGGAUAUGUACAUGCGAAGAAAGUGCCAAGAGUGUCGACUAAGGAAAUGCAAAGAGAUGGGAAUGUUGGCUGAAUGUAUGUAUACAGGCUUGUUAACUGAAAUUCAAUGUAAAUCGAAACGGCUGAGAAAAAACGUGAAGCAGCAUGCAGAUCAGACCAUUAAUGAAGACAGCGAAGGGCGCGACUUGCGACAAGUGACCUCCACAACUAAGGCAUGCAGGGAGAAAACUGAACUCACCCCAGAUCAACAGAAUCUUCUACAUUAUAUUAUGGAUUCAUAUAGCAAACAGAGGAUGCCUCAGGAAAUCACGAAUAAAAUUUUAAAAGAAGAAUUCAGUGCAGAAGAAAAUUUUCUCAUUUUAACUGAAAUGGCUACCAGUCAUGUACAGAUUCUUGUAGAAUUCACAAAAAAAUUGCCAGGUAUUUAUACAUGUAGUUACUUCUCUGCUACCCUGUGCAGUAUUCUUGUGCCAUUGAGAGCAGCAGAUCUGUUCAUUGCAAAAUGGGAAUCAUCUCACAUCUGAUUUAAUGUGUCUACUAUAGACAUGAAAAGUAUCUCUGAUGAAUAUAUAACUCCGAUGUUUAGUUUUUACAAAAGUGUGGCAGAAUUGAAAAUGACACAAGAGGAGUAUGCUCUGCUUACAGCAAUCGUUAUCCUCUCUCCAGACAGACAAUAUAUAAAGGACAGAGAGGCAGUAGAAAAGCUUCAGGAACCACUGCUUGAUGUGCUACAAAAGCUGUGCAAGAUUCAUCAGCCUGAAAAUCCUCAACAUUUUGCCUGUCUCCUGGGUCGCCUAACCGAGCUGCGGACAUUCAAUCAUCACCAUGCAGAGAUGCUGAUGUCAUGGAGAGUGAAUGACCACAAGUUUACCCCGCUUCUCUGUGAGAUCUGGGAUGUGCAGUGAUGAGAAUUCCAGGGGGCAGGGUCUAGCUCUCUGUUUUCCUCAGAAUAUAAAUCUGAUGUAUUAACUGUCUUGUACUUCACUUGUACUUGGUUUCACACAAGAAUUUUGAUGAGUAUUUAUAUAGUAAUUAUCUAACUUCCACAACUGUACAUAUGGGGCUAGAUAGAAUUACUUUCUCUACAUUGUAUUUUACAUGGCUUCAGGGAAUUUUUUAUUCUCAUUGGCAUGCCCUGUUUGCCUAAUUAAAUUGAUCCUUGCUUCCAUUCUAUCUGUUGAAAUAGAGAAAAAUCUCAUUUUGCUCUUCAUCUUACCUUAUUGCAUAUAUUUUAUUAAAGAGUGAGUUAUGUACAAUUUUGGCAAUAAACUAAACACAAUGGCAA